AUGGGUCAGCAGGUAUCCUCAUUCCCGAAACGUCCCAAGGAUUUCACAUACUUUUGCCUUACAUUCCACGUAACCGAUAGCAUAGUGCUUGUUGAUGCAUCGGAAGAAGUCAUUUCUAUGGUUCGAUCGGUUGUGUCACAAUUAUCAGCUGCAGGAAUUCAAUCCGAAUCACAGGGUCCAUGUGGUGCUUAUAAAUUCAAACUAAGAGGAAUGCCAUUCGUAACUUCUUCACGUGAAAUAUCCGUGCAAACCAAGCUAAUGUUAUGUGAGCUUCUGAAAGUCCUUCGCGAAAACGGAUGGGAACUAACACUUAGCAGUGAUCUCAGUCGGAGGCGUGAUUUAUCUACACUCUUCUUUCAAAAAAUACCGAACAAUGGAUACGAGUAUGCUUUUCGUGGUUGCCAUAUUAUGUGCCUUAGUUUGAGUUCUAUGGAUCGAUUGCAACUAGUGAACGCACCUGUUGAAGCAAAUAACAUCCUUAUUGAGUGUGUAGAUACCUUGCAUCAACGAGAUCACAGUGGUCAAAAUUAUUUUGAGGUGCAAAUGAAAGGAUAUCUGUGGGAAGCGUUAACAGCAGAAGGUGGUUUUCAAGCAAGGAGUUUGCUGUUGAAUACGUUCAGUCGUUUUCAUGAACUCAGGUACCGUUUUUAUGGAACGGCGAAUAUCAAAGGAACUGCUGAUUGCAUAUUCUUCAUUUCGGAUCGUGACGAUGUUGGACAAAGAGAAUACUGCAUGCUCUCGUUGAAUGCAAGUGAUCGUCUUCGCCUCGUGUGUGCGCCGAAUGAAGUUGUUGAUCUGGUUGGUGAAUGUCUUCAACGGUAUUGGGUGAAAGGUAUUCAACACGCGAAAGUGAAAGGUGGUGAUCCAUUGCAUUUCGAAUACAAGUUGGGAGGAUUUCCUUGGAACAGUAUGGGUACCGAAGCAGUAGAGAGUCGUCUUUUGAUAACAAUCAUUCUACAGCAGUUAGUUACGAUUGGAUGGGCUGUUGUUACUGCGAUUGAUUUGUCGCGUAGAGCAACUGACAAGGCGGUAUUUCUGCUGCGGCGUUGUGCAGCUAGUACUAUACCUCACUUUGCAAUUUGUCCUGCGGAAACCGAUAAACUCAGAGUAAUUAAUGCAAAUAAAGAAAUGAUUGAAGUCGUCGGGAAUGUUCUUCGUUCGUGCUGGACUCUAGGUAUUCAACGGGAAGAAUACUAUGGAAAUAGUUUUGAGUAUAAACUCGUUGGAUACCCAUGGUCAUCAACCGUAUCGUCACUCACUGGUGACCACCAAUAUGAAUUAUGUCGUAUGAUGAUGAUAAGUCUAAUAGAUGAAUUAGGAAGACAUGGAUGGCGUGUUAUAUGUUCAGCUGAUGUAAGUUCGAAAUAUAUAAAAUCAAACAACUCAUCAGAAGAACAUCCACUUGAUGUACAUUCAUGGUUUAUUGCUUAUACGGCGGACAUCUCAGCACCUCAGUCUCAGUCGACAUCGGCUAUACCUCAGCAAUUCCCAACAGCACCCCUUGUUGCAGUCGACGCACUCCCUCCAUCUUAUGAUGAAGCUGUAAGCAAUACUGCUAAGUCAUCAUCGUCAUCACCAGCAAAACAAUAA